AUGAUAUCUCUUGCUCUCACUCUAGAAACCAAUAAUACACCUUAUAGACCGCCACCAAUUUUUCCAGAGAAUAGUCAGGCCAGAGAGAGGGCGGCGACGGGGACUGCGUUGACGCGUGGCAUAUCAGGGCGGAGCUACAGAGGAGACUGGGGGAAUAAUUAUUCAUCUAAUUUUCCUUCAUUUGCUGGCCAUAAGAGAAGACGUGAUGCAGAAGAUAUUCUUCCAGAACAAUUCCACAGUGUUCAUCGAGGCUUCGGAGAAUCAUCUUCUUCUAUCAAAUCUGAUCCAGAUGCAGGAAUUGGUAUUACAACACCUACAGCCACCACGUCUGCCACCUCCGCGGCGGAGCAAACUCCACAAACAGAACUGUCUGGCAAUUCACAUGAAGAAACACGAGAGACAAGAAGAUACAGAGGAGUGAGACAGAGGCCAUGGGGCAAAUGGGCAGCAGAAAUAAGAGAUCCACACAAAGCCUCCAGAGUCUGGCUAGGAACCUUCGAGACGGCCGAGGCGGCCGCUAGAGCUUACGAUGAAGCCGCCCUGAGGUUCAGAGGCAAUAGAGCAAAGCUCAAUUUUCCUGAAAAUGUAACGAACUUGCCACCAUCCCAUUUCUUACAAUCUACACAGUUGGCCAUUUCCGCCACCUCACAACCACCUAUCGCAGCCAUGCCUCCCCCACUGAGGGCGGCGGUUCCUCCAGCAUUCAUGCAAACACAGCCUUUCCAAAUCCAUGGAAACAUUUCCAGGGAUUAUUGGGAACACUCACAAUUACUUCAAAGCAGUGGUAAUUUUCCCAUAAAUUUGUUGGAUCAAAUGUUUUAUGCUUCUUCAUCAUCUUCUGGUGGACAAUCAGUUAAUUUCCGGCCACAAGGAAAUCAAAAUAACACAAGUUUUCCUGCACCGUCAUGGACCAGUUCUAGCCAAUAUCCUCCAUCCUCCUCUUCUUGA